AGACCAAACACUUGAAAUCUUUUCAAACCACUCACAAAGUAGUUAACAAAAAUAAACAAAACAAAAACCUUAAAUUUAAUGUCUACUUUUUUGUUCACACAAGACAUGGAUUUUGAUUCUUCUUUCUUCCAAUACCAAAACCUUAACACCUCUUUUUCAGAACCCUUUUCAUGGGACGAUUUCUUCAUUUUCAAUGAAGACAUCACCAUUCCCUUGAAUUUCACCGAUCAUAACACACAAGAAGUUUCAUCCAAUUCCAACACUUCAGGUUCUCAAACAAGUACAGAAUCACAAGAAGUUUCAUCCAAUUCUACUCAAUUAGCACAAUCAUCAUCAUUAUCAUCACCUAAGAGGCCAUAUAGAGGAGUUAGGAGAAGACCGUGGGGGAAAUUCGCGGCGGAAAUAAGAGAUUCGACGAGAAACGGUGUUCGAGUUUGGAUUGGAACAUUUGAUACAGCUGAAGAAGCUGCAUUAGCUUAUGAUCAAGCAGCUUUAUCAACAAGAGGUUCAAUGGCAGUGUUGAAUUUUCCUGAACAAGUUGUGAGAGAAUCAUUGAAAGAUAUGGUGAAUUACAAGUGUUGGGAAAAAGAUGGUUCUUCUCCUGUUUUGGCACUUAAGAAGAAACACACUAUGAAAAGAAAGUCUAAGGCAAGUAGUAACAAAAAGAGCAAAAGGGUAGAAAUGGAAAUGGAGAAUGUUGUUUCAGAAAAUGUUUUGGUGUUGGAAGAUUUGGGUUCUGAAUAUCUAGACCAACUUCUUAGCUUGAGUACUUCUUCUUCUUCUCAAGUGUUUAGCUAAGUUCUUUGUUUGUUGAGUUUUGUUUAUUACUUUUCAUUCAUGUUAAUCAAUUCUUUAAUGACUUUUUGAAUUUUGGCAUUGGUCACUAUUCUUAUUGUGUUGUAAUCAACAGUGAGAGAAGAUAGGAGAGAAUCCAAUUGUAUAAAGUUUGCCUCUUAGAAACAUUCUAUAACAAUUGUUGUUUAAAGGUUUAAAUUAUAUAUGUUUUAAUAACCAAAGUAAUAAUGAAUAAUGGGAUUUUAUUGAUGUUAA